UAUAUUUUAUUUUUACGUUGUCAAAAUGGCUCGAAUGAAUAGACCAGCCCCAGUGGAGAUCACCUACAAAAACAUGAGGUUCCUGAUUACCCACAAUCCCACCAAUGCCACACUGAACAAGUUCAUCGAGGAACUGAAGAAGUAUGGAGUUACCACCGUGGUGAGAGUUUGUGAAGCCACGUAUGACGCCACUCUGGUGGUGAAGGAGGGGAUCCAGGUCCUGGAUUGGCCGUUCGAUGAUGGAGCUCCUCCGUCCAAUCAGAUCGUGGACGAUUGGCUGAACCUGCUCAAGCUGAAGUUUAGGGAGGAGCCUGGGUGUUGCAUUGCUGUGCACUGUGUGGCAGGCCUGGGCAGAGCUCCUGUUCUCGUGGCACUUGCUUUGAUCGAAUGUGGGAUGAAAUAUGAAGAUGCUGUCCAGUUCAUUCGGCAGAAGCGUCGAGGAGCUUUCAACAGUAAGCAGCUGUUUUAUCUGGAGAAAUAUCGUCCAAAAAUGCGCCUUCGCUUCAAAGACUCCAAUGGCCAUCGCAAUAACUGCUGCAUCCAGUAAAACAUAUUCAAAAACUACAGCCAAAAUUCGAGCCAACCAACUUUACCAUUUCUAACCAUGAAAGUCCUGGCUAGCGCUUCACUGGCAGGCUUAUAUCUUUAUUACAUUGUGUUGAAGUACUUUUAUUUUGAAAUUCCAUGCUCAACUUUAUCGAUGAUUCCUUCCUCCUCCAGGUAUCAAAGUGUCAAAAUGGAGAAUAGUCCUUAAGUAUUCCCAUUGUAACAGAUGAGAAAUAAAAAGGCAGCAUGAAUCAAUGUAAGAUGUUGGAAUAUAUAUAUUUUAAUUGGGCAGUCUGUUACCUGUGCUACAAAAAUAGGUUGCGUUCACUUUCUAGAAUUUAAUGUCAAAAUCAAAGAUGGGAAGUAGCAACCAAUAUUGACACGUAAUUAAGAAAAAAAAAAGACCAAAAUCUACAAUUGUUUCUUUGCAAUUAUAACACUCCUUUGGUUUAAUGCACUAUCUAUAAUCUACAGUCACACUUUAGUUUGAUAUCCUCAAUUUGUGUCACCAAUAAUGGUUUAAAACGGCAUGAAGAAUUGGUAAUAUGAUCUAUUUACUAAAUAUUUUACUGUAAACGGACAAAGAGUAAUAUAGCAUUUUUGUAAGUCACAUAAUGAGGAAAUUGAGUUGUUAAUUGUAAAAGUACAAGAAAAGUCACAAUAAAAUAAUACAUGAUUGCAAACAACAAAAAAGGCAAAUGUAACAAUGUAUUAAUGGUUAAAUUUUGUAUAGUAUUUGUUUUUAAAUUAUCUUAUCUACCGCCCUCCAUCUAAAUUAUUGGCAUAAAAAUAUACAUAGAUGGUGAGCUCAACCUAUUGUCUGGUAUUGUCCCUUAUAAAUGAAUUUGUGGUGACUGACUAGAAAGAGCUAUGCCUUCCUUAGAAUUCACAUCCAUAAAUGCCUUACAAUCAAAGUGCACCAACUGGCAAUCGUGAUGGCUGGCAUCUAGAAAGGUGUUUGGUUUUUCUACUCGGAACAAAAACAACAAAAAAAAAACAAAAAAACAAAUUGUUGCCUUUGUCUUGUGCAGGAAGUCUUAACAAUUAUGCCCUUUCAGUACAGUUUUUUACUAUAAAAUGCUUAAUUGUUGCAUAUUUGUUAAGCGAAGUCUAGCAGCUGUUAUUUUCCUAUCAAACUUUUUGUUUACCAGUUAACUGCCAUGUCCAAAAUGUGAUUUAGUUUUUAGUUUCCAGAUUUAUUUACGUUAAUAUUUUUUGCUUCAAACUGGACUUCCAACGUCUGCUAUAUUUUGUAUGCCUUUUUAUUUUGUCAGUAACUUAACGACUUCGAUACUUGAUGAUUUUAUGUAUUGAAAAUGUGUACUAUUAUUUUUAGGUUGGCUAUUUAUACUAUCAAUGGAUGUGUGAUUUAGUACCGUGAGCGACAAAACUUGUACCUUGUUCACCGACUUGUGAGAGUACAUUAAAAUUAUACACCAAAAUCCAAAA